UGCUGGAGGUAAAUCAAAGAAGAAUAAACAACUUUCACGUAACUUAGGUCGUCUCCCUACCUCUCCACCAUCGGCACAAUCUGGUCCACAUGUGCCUCCACCUACAUGCCCGUCUUCAGUUCCAACUCCCUUAUAACUCUAUAUCACACCUAGGAUAUACUGCUCCGUCCUCUACCCCUUACUAUUAUUACAUGUCUUCCCAAGACAUAAAUGGGAUGUUUUCAUCUAGACCUGCUUGCCCAUCUAUGCCUAUGCCUAGACCUGCCAUACCCCCAUCAUCUACUCCAGUCAUUCCAUCACACGGCAUUCAAUCGUCAUCGUCUCCCGUUAUUCCUUCAUUAUAUUCCCCUGGCAUAGCCUCUUAUUCUACCCCUAGAAUGCCCACAUCUUCUAGUCGGCCUCCAAAGCAUCCUUUCAUGCAUUCAUUUGAAUCUAUACAUGCUCAGGAUCCUCCAAAUAUUGGUGUUGAUAUCCCUCCGAAGUCCCCAUGCAUUGAUAGUGAUUUAGUUACACAGCCUCCUAUACAUGCUCAGGAUCCUCAAAAUGUUGGAAGGUUAGAUGAUCUCGGGAAGUUGAUUAUCAUUCCCCAUAAAGCUGGGUUUCAUCCUUGUACUCAAGCUACAAAAGUUGUGGUUGAAUCAAUGUGUUCAUUUUAUCAUGGACCUUGGAGGUUCUGGUCAGAUGUUCCAUGGAAUAUUAGGGAUAGGAUGUUUGAUGAAUUUAGGGUAAAAUAAAUUAUUUCAUUUUUCAACUCAUAUUUAACCAAUCUAACAAAUUAAUUAUUUGUAGAUGAAGUGUGCUUGGCCAGUUGAAUGUGAGGUAUAGGUACGAGGCAUCUUUUUUAAGAAAUGUGCUGAUAGGUUGACUGAUAUGCUUCGAGAAGCUCGAAAUAAGAAAGAGAUUCCAAGUUGGAUUACUGAGGAUAUAUGGACUAAACUAACUGAGUAUUGGGCCUCUGAGGAAUUUAAGAAAGUGAAUUGGCAAAGGCAACCCGUUUGUCCGACAAAGGUGGCUCCAUGCACACGGGAGGUUCAAUAAGUAUUGGGGAUCAUCGAAAAAGAUUGGUAUGUGUUUAUUAUACUAGUCGAUG